ACCAAUGGGCCAGUUUUCCAGGUAAAUACUUUGGGGCCUAAUACGAAAACCCAUCGUAUCCUUCGUUCUGUACUGAAUUCUGGAGGAGGAACCCUCAACAGCAGCACUUCUGGUGAUAUAUUGAAGUUGGAGCGUUCUUUUUCCUGUACUGGUAGCUAAACUUGCUAUAACCCUCAACAGAUUCCUCUCUGAACUGUUCGCACUUGAUUCGUCGCUUCCGGAGAAUUAGGGCUUUUUCUUGUACGGGUCAAGAUUAAUAGUGUCUAGUUUGAUCGAAUGGAUCCUAGAUACACAGGAGAGAUGUUAAGGCACUUGGAGAAGCAGAAUGAGCACCUCAUGGAUGCCUAUCGAUCCAUGUCCCACGAAUUGCAUAAACUUCAGGUAGAGGAAGAAAUGCUGAUGCGCAAGUUCUAUGAACUGAUGUCGGCUCAAAGUCCAGCAAGAAAGAAUGAGGAAGAAAGUUCUACUUUACCGGAUGAUGGCAGGAACGGACAAUCCAGCGCUUUGAUUCUAGCGUGCAACAAUGAGCCAAUUGGACAAUCCAGCGCUUCUUUGAUUCCAGUGUGCAGCGAUGAGCCUAUUGGACAAUCCAGUGCAUUGACUCCUGUGAGCGGAAAUGAGCAAGAAAUAAUGGGGGAUCAAGUUCAAUGAAUCCCGUAUAACUUAUGAUUCUCUUUAUUCUUUCUUUCAGCGGGUAUCUGGGACAUAGUUAUGUAUAUUCAUAUUAAGUCCCUCUUAUGACCAAAUAGUAAAAGAAAUUGACGGGAUAAUUCACCUAAAUUUUUUGUUGCUUUGGAAAUUUGUAGGACAGUGCGAAGUUCUGUGAAAAUAUUGAUAUAAUAGAGAACAUACAGCCAACCCCAAAAGUUUGGUGCAA